CCACGGUAAAAACUUCAAUUUUCGAUUUAUGGGAGCUUUGUCGCAAUUAUGACAUGGGUGACGUGAUAAUGUUCACUUUAACCCGGUGAAUAUGUCUUUACCUAACGCCAUGGCACACAGUUCAUUGAUGGUGUUGCUGUUACUUCAGUUUGUAUUGGGACAAACCUCUGAAAAACAUUUCUCUGAUGAUCAUCACAUCAGACAGCAGCAUCACAAUGACCAUGACAUGUCUGUACUGCUUGGAGAUAAGAGCACUGAAGAAAUAAAGAAACUUAGCCCAGCAGAGCAGAGGAAGAAGAUAAUGGAAAUUGUAAAGAAGAUUGACACUAAUGGUGACAUCCUUCUGAGCACAGAGGAGAUUACUCUAUGGAUCCAGCACGUCUACAGAAAAUAUGCUCUAGAUGAUGCAGGGGAGCGGUUCCCUGAGUUUGACAUAAACAAAGAUGGAGUUGUAACAUGGGAGGAAUACAACGCCGUGGCCCAUGACCAGCUUAUACGUUUUGAUGACGACGCAGUUCUGGACGACCCAGAGCAAGAGUCUCUUAGACAGCUCCACCUGAAGGAGAGGAGGCGCUUCGAUUUUGCUGAUGUGGAUGGUGUACCCGGCCUCAACGUAACAGAGUUUCUCGCUUUCACUCACCCAUCUGAAGUGGAUGACAUGGCUGAUUUUGCAAUUGAAGAUGUUUUGAGUGAAUAUGACACCAAUAAAGAUGGCUUUAUCACUCUAAGUGAAUUUAUUGGAGACGUGCGUGGUGAGGAUGAUGCCCCUUCACAGUGGGAGAUCGAAGAGACAGUGCGAUUCAAAGAACUAUAUGACCAAGAUAAGGAUGGCAAGCUGAAUCGAGAAGAGCAAUUGCGUUGGGUUGCACCUAAUAGCUAUGGUUCAGCGAGAGAGGAAGCUUUACACCUGACCAAGGAAAUGGACCACAAUGGAGAUGGGUUUAUUUCAGAAGCAGAAGUUUUGAAAAAUCAAGAAACAUUCUUGAACAGUGAAGUGACAGAUUAUGGCAGACAGUUGCAUGUGUCACAUGAUGAAUUAUAGCCAUGUGCUUUUGUUUUAUGGACUUUUUCCCAAAAAAAUGCAGUGUAGUUUGUUUCUUUUUGUUUUUGUUUCUCUCUCUGUCCCAAUUUGAUAGUAGGAAUGCUAUUUACAUCACUGUGGAAAUUAUUUUCAAUUUGUAUUGUAUAAAUUGUAGCGCAUCUGCCAUUUUAAUGCCACUAACACAGAAAGUGUCCUGUAAAAAUACAAAGUGAAUUAAAGCUGUAAGCAGCGUU